AUGGUCGAUGCUGAAGUGAGCAGCGACAUGGGCAAAGUAUCGGUUGAGGCAAAUCGACAAAGCUCGGUGGGUGCUGUGCUUGAGGAAGGCAUCUCAGUGAAGCCUAUCGUGGAACACACCAAGAGACGGCGGUCGUCGCACCAGUCCAUCAAACCGCGUUUCAAAAAAUCCGCACGCAAGACUCCAAUAUUCAAGCUAAAGUUUGAUUCCAAACGCAAAAAUCCAUUGAAGUAUGUCAAUAUUAGAGAGCUUAUUUUGUACGCUCUCACAGACGUGAACAAGCUGAAUUUUGGAGAGCUCGAGAAUAGAAAAUUCAUAAACAAGGUGGUUUUGGUCCUUGCCGAUGGACUUACUGCAGCUGAUUUCGGAUACGAAAGUUUAGCUGGUCUAGUUGAGGAGCAGGAAAUAAAGAAUACGGAGAAGUACCCAUUCAUCUCCCAGGAGUUUGCAAAAUUCAUUCCCUUGCUUUCACCUGGGGCCAACAGAAACCUAUUUUCAUGUGCGACCACUCUAUCUUCUUCGACAGUGCCCGAAAAACAUCGUCCGGCGCUGAUCAAAGAGCUUGAACUCAAAGGUGUCCAGUUGUCUGAGUUGACAAUCGACUAUACCCAAAUGGUGGCCAAUGGCUACCCUAUUCACCCAGACGUUCCUGGUGCUACCAAGGAAUCUAUAGCGCAAUACUCUGCAUUUCUUGCCACGAAAGACCUGAAAUCGGAGCCCAAAAUUCUUGCACUAGAUUGCGAGAUGUGCUUGACUGCCUCCGGGAGCGUGGUCACUAGAGUGGCACUAACAGAUAAGGACCACAAGCUAGUAAUCGGAGAUUUUGUCAAACCAGACGAGGAGAUCACAGAUUAUAAAACACAGUACUCAGGCGUUGAUGAAGAUAGUCUCAAAGGAGUCACUACCACUUUGCAUGAUAUUCAGCAAAAAUUACUGGCGACAAUCUCCAGUAAAGACUACCUGAUUGGACAUUCGCUAGAAUCAGAUCUUUGUGCGCUCAAAAUUUCACACCCAACAAUUAUCGACACAUCGAUUUGUUUCGACCACGUUAAAGGCCCGCCUCUCAAACCGUCUCUGCGGAAUCUGGCUUCCGAGAUAUUAGGCAAAAGUAUUCAACAAUCUGCCCACGGUCAUGACCCAAUUGAAGAUUGUGUCACAUGCAUGGAGCUGGUCCAGCUCAAACUAAAAAAGGGCCUUGCAUUUGGCAAAUUGAUCACUGAAGAGUCGAUCUUUCGCCGUAUUUCGCAUACAAACAAGCAAGUCCUUAUUGACGGCAAGAAAAUCCCCAAAUCGGGAGUAGCCAUCAAUUUUGGAGGCAAUAAAUUUUUCAACGAACAACGCUUUGACGUCCCCACAGAUGAAGAGGCUGUUCAAAAGCUGGCAGAGAAUCUGUCCAACCAUGAGUUGGCAAUGAUCAAGCUUCGUGAGCCGGACAAAUUUGAUCUUAGCGUCAAAUAUAUCUACGAAACGAUGCCGAGCGAUUCUCUUUUGAUCGUCUGUGCUGGUCACGGCGAUAGAAAACGGAUCGACGAGCUAAUCACCUUGCAGAGGAAUAUUUCUGGACCUUUAUCUCCAGAGGAUCACCAGGAACUCAUUUCAUGUGUGGCGAAAGCCAGAGAAUCUCUUGCCCUGAUAAAGAUUAAACCGUAG